AAAUCCUCCUCCUACUUUGCUACAACCUGAAAUAUGGUGCAGAGGAUUCAACCAUUUCAUUUCACAGUGUCUUAUCAAGGAUUUUGAAAAGCGUCCUUCAGUCACCCACCUUUUGGAGCAUCCGUUUAUUAAACAAGUACAUGGUAAAGAUAUGUCUCUGCAAAAACAGCUGGCUGAACUCAUUCAAGAACAACAGCAGCUAGGCUCCAUAGCCAAAACAAGGCAUGAACGAAUACAUACUAGGAGACCUUACCAUGUGGAUGGAGCUGACAAGUACACUCUAGAUGAUGAUUUGGUAAAUCUGGAAGUUCUAGAUGAGGAUACAAUUAUCCAUCAGCUGCAGAAACGCUAUGCUGACUUACAAAUUUAUACUUAUGUUGGAGACAUUUUAAUUGCCUUAAACCCUUUCCAGAAUCUCAGCAUUUAUUCUCCCCAGUUCUCCAAGCUUUACCAUGGUGUGAAGCGUUCAUCAAAUCCCCCCCACAUAUUUGCCUCUGCGGAUGCUGCCUACCAAAGUAUGGUUACAUUCAGCAAAGAUCAGUGCAUUAUCAUCAGUGGGGAAAGUGGUGCUGGAAAGACAGAAAGUGCCCAUCUGAUCGUCCAACAUUUGACCUUCUUGGGAAAGGCCAAUAACCGUGCUUUGCGUGAGAAAAUUCUUCAGGUGAAUCCUCUGGUUGAAGCAUUUGGGAAUGCCUGCACUGCCAUCAAUGACAACUCAAGUCGCUUUGGGAAAUACCUGGAAAUGAUGUUUACACCCACGGGAGCUGUAAUGGGGGCAAAGAUUUCUGAAUAUCUACUUGAAAAAUCAAGGGUCAUAAAACAGGCUGUGGGAGAGAAAAAUUUCCAUAUAUUUUAUUAUAUCUAUGCUGGCCUUUAUCAUCAGAAGAAACUUUCUCAAUAUAGACUUCCUGAUAAAAAGCCUCCUAGAUAUAUUGAUAAUGAAACUGGAAGGGUAAUGCAUGACAUUGUUACUAAAGAUUCCUAUGGAAGACAAUUUGAAGCGAUUCAGCAUUGCUUUAGAAUUAUAGGAUUCACUGAUGAGGAGGUGUAUUCAGUGUACAGAAUUCUGACUGGAAUCUUAAAUACUGGAAAUAUUGAGUUUGCUGCCAUUUCUUCACAACACCAAACAGAUAAAAGUGAGGUUCCCAACCCAGAAGCCUUGGAUAAUGCUGCUGCACUACUAAGUAUUGGGUCAGAAGAACUUCAAGAGGCCUUAACCUCCCAUUGUGUUGUAACACGAGGGGAAACGAUUAUCCGAACAAACACUGUGGACAAAGCAGCUGACGUGCGAGAUGCCAUGUCUAAAGCACUUUAUGGCCGGCUCUUCAGCUGGAUCGUAAAUCGUAUUAAUACGCUGCUUCAGCCAGAUAAAAAUAUAUGCAAUGCUGAAAAUGGGAUGAAUGUUGGGAUACUAGACAUAUUUGGAUUUGAGAACUUCGCAAGGAAUUCCUUUGAACAGCUGUGCAUAAACAUUGCUAAUGAACAGAUCCAGUUUUAUUUCAAUCAACAUAUCUUUGCCCUUGAGCAGAUGGAAUAUCAGAGCGAGGGAAUUGAUGCUACUACAGUGGAGUAUGAGGACAACCGUCCACUUCUAGAUAUGUUCCUCCAGAAACCCAUGGGUCUCCUGUCUCUGCUAGAUGAAGAAAGUCGAUUUCCUCAGGCAACAGACCUGACUUUAGUUGAUAAAUUUGAAGAUAACUUGCGAUGCAAAUACUUCUGGAGACCAAAAGGAGUAGAACUGUCAUUUGGUAUUCAGCACUAUGCUGGAAAG